AUGGAUUCAGAGCCUAGCACUGAUAAUUCUCUGUGUGGGCCUGGCACCAGCCGCCAUGAGGCCAUUCCCCAAGAGCUCCUUGGUUACAAGGGGAAUAUUCUAUCUAUUGCAACUGCUAUGUGUGGGCCUGGCACCAGCCGCUGUGAGGCCAUUACCCAAGAGCUCAGUGGCUGCGAGCAGAAUGUGCUAUUUAGUGCAACUGCUAUGUGUGGGCCUGGCACCAGCUGCCUUGAGGCCAUCCCUCAAGAGCUCAGCAGCUGCAAGGGAUGCUACCUAGUGCAUCUGCUUUGUGUGGGCCUGGCACCACACGCCUCUUCCUCUCUCUCAUCUUGUAAAUUACGGAGACGAUUUCAUCUCAAUGGGUUGCACAAGACUGGUGAUGUGGUUUUUGGUGGGGUGAUAAAGAUCCACUACAUCCCAGUCUUCCCUGAGAAUAAAUUCACUUCAGAACCACAAGAUCCCACCUGUGAAGGCUUUGACACUCAGGGCUUCAGGCAGGCGAUGACAAUGGUCUUUGCUGUUGAUGAGAUCAACAACAGCUCCAAUUUGCUACCUAAUGUAACUCUGGGAUACAGUCUUUAUGAUAACUGUGGUACACUUGUUACUGGAUUUCGUGCUGCUUUGGUGCUGGCCAGUGGUCAAGAGGAGCAGUUUCUGCUGAAGGAAAACUGUUCAGGGACCCCAUCAGUUGUUGGGAUUGUGGGUGAUCCCUAUUCAUCAUUUUCUAUAGCCAUUUCGAGUGUGCUGGGUUUAUUCAGAUUGCCCAUGGUGAGUCAUUUUGCCACAUGUUCUUGCCUGAGUGAUCGACAACGGUUCCCAUCCUUCUUUAGAACAAUUCCAAGUGAUGCAUUCCAGGUGCGUGCCAUGAUUCAGAUUCUGAAACACUUUGGCUGGACUUGGAUCGGCCUUCUGGUCAGUGAUGAUGACUAUGGACUCAAUGUUGCCCGAACCUUACCGUCUGACCUGGCUCAGUCUGGUGGAGGUUGUCUGGCAUACUCAGAGGUUUUGCCUUGGGACAGUGACACAAAUAAACUCAGGAAGAUUGUACAUUUGAUAAAGACAUCAACAGCUCGUGUGGUCAUGGUGUUUGCUCAUGACAAGCAAAUGAUUGAAUUAAUGGAAGAGGUGGUGAGGCAGAAUGUGACAGGCCAGCAAUGGAUAGCAAGUGAAGCCUGGACAACAGAUACUGCACUCCAGACGCCCCAUCUCAUGCCCUAUUUGAGAGGCACUCUUGGCAUUGCCAUCCGUCGAGGAGAAAUAGCAGGACUAAGAGACUUCUUCUUACGAAUACGUCCUGACCAAAAUGACAAUAUCGUGAGACAGUUUUGGGAAUACACGUUUCAGUGUAGAUUUGCACCACCUCCAGCAGGUUGGGUGGAAACUGGGGGAACACUAUGCACUGGACAGGAGGAUAUUGAAAAUGUGGAGACUGAGUUUUUAGAUCUUUUUAACCUCAGGCCUGAGUACAAUGUGUACAAGGCUGUGUAUGCUCUGGCCUAUGCACUUGAUGACAUGCUGCACUGCAUGCCAGGCAGAGGACCUUUCAGCGGGAACAGCUGCGCCAAUCUGCAAACAAUGGAACCAUGGCAGGUCGUACAUUACUUGCAAACGGUCAAUUUCACCACGCCAUUUGGUGAUGAAGUGUCUUUCGAUGAGGAUGGUGAUGUGUUACCAAUAUAUGAUGUCAUGAACUGGCUGUGGCUCCCUGAUGGACGAACAAAGAUUCAGAAUGUGGGUGAGGUUAAGAGGUCGGCCAAAGAUUUCAUUAUCUUCCUACAGCCCCCCCGGUCAGUGUGCAGUGAGAGCUGUCCUCCAGGUACCCGCAUGGCCAGAAAGAAAGGGCAACCUGAGUGCUGCUUUGACUGCAUCCCUUGUUCUGAGGGAAAGAUCAGCAAUAAGACUGACUCCAUGGAGUGCACCAGUUGUCCAGAAGACUUCUGGUCCAGCCCCCAGCGUGACUACUGUGUUCCUAAGAAAACUGAGUUCCUCUCCUACCAUGAGCCUCUGGGUAUCUGCUUGACAACCACCUCAUUGUUGGGCACAUUUGUUUGUGUUAUUGUUCUGGUAAUUUUUACUUAUAAUCGCAGUACACCCAUGGUACGCGCCAACAAUUCAGAACUGAGUUUCCUGCUCUUGGUAUCUCUUAAACUGUGUUUCCUGUGUUCACUGCUGUUUAUCGGCCGUCCCAGACUGUGGACAUGCCAACUGAGACAUGCAGCAUUUGGGAUCAGCUUUGUGCUCUGUGUCUCAUGUGUUCUGGUCAAAACCAUGGUGGUUCUGGCUGUGUUCAAAGCCUCCAAACCAGGAGGUGGAGCCAGUCUGAAGUGGUUUGGUGCUGUGCAGCAGAGAGGAACAGUUCUGGUUCUUACUUCAAUUCAGGCAGCAAUUUGCACUGCUUGGCUUGUCUCUGCUUCACCAGCUCCUCAUAAAAACACUCAAUACUACAAUGACAAGAUAGUUUACGAAUGUGUAGUCGGGUCCACAGUUGGUUUUGCAGUAUUACUUGGCUAUAUUGGUUUAUUGGCUAUCCUCAGUUUCCUGUUAGCAUUUCUGGCAAGGAAUCUUCCAGACAACUUCAAUGAGGCCAAACUCAUCACUUUCAGCAUGUUGAUAUUCUGUGCUGUGUGGGUGGCCUUUGUUCCUGCUUAUGUCAACUCUCCAGGCAAAUAUGCAGAUGCAGUGGAAGUAUUUGCUAUCCUGGCCUCCAGUUUUGGUCUCUUGGUGGCUCUGUUUGGGCCCAAAUGUUACAUAAUUCUUCUGAGACCAGAGAGGAACACAAAGAAAGCAAUCAUGGGUCGUGGAACCACAAAGUACCACAUGUAA